CAACGCUCCUCCAGCAAUUAGACGGUGACCAAAAUACAGGUGUGGUCGGGAAACUAGGCUCAUCCUAAUUGUGUAACUCGACGCGCUGCAGACGCUUCCUACUGACAGCCAGCCCUCAUCUUCCCAUCAACAGCCGUGCUCACCUGCGUUCCAGCGAUCAACGGCGCGACAAAGGACUUCAUCUGUGGGUUUGGCGGCAAGCAUCGGCUAGGCGUCUUCUAUCAGGGACAGAAAAUCCCAUCAGCAUGUUUUCUGCUACACAACCUGCGUGUAGUUCUGAAAGAUCUUAUCUUGCUCAAACGUACAACUGUCACAACCCGAAGCAGCAGCAAGGAAAAAACUCAUUUGGUCCUUCUGUGGAGCUAAAAAUACUGAUUGAGAGGUACAAGCGCGGUGAGGUGCACGCUGUGUCCUUGCUGCAUAUGCUGGCCCAGUCUUACCAGUUCCACCUGGAGUUCAAGGAAACGGUGACCACAGGGAACACAACAAGGCUGUUAUUUGCCUUUUGCGUGCUGAUUGAUGGCGUUCAGUACAAAACUGGCAUGGGACCAACAAAGAAGGAGGCCCGGCUCAAAGCUGCAGAGUUUGCCCUUCAGGAUCUGCUGCCUACUUUGGAAAAAGAGAAGUUCGACCGCCCUAAGGCGUCAGCUUUCCCACCACUCUCAUCAGUCAAAGAGGAGUUUUUCAAAACUGAUAUCCAAUCCAGUAGAUUUAUUCGGGAGAGGAAGAGUCCUACUAACCUGCAGAUACCAAACGCUGUCAAGGAUCAGCUGAACAUGUUGAUGAACAGCCACCCUCAGUUCUGUGCCUGCGCAGCCACCGUCGCAGCGUUCGUCAUUCAGACCUCCAGUAGAUGUGAGGUGGUUGCUGUCGGCAGUGGCAACUACAAUGUCAGCGAGAGCUUGUCAACAAAUGGACGUGUUGUGCACGACUCCCAUGCGGUGGUUACUGCAAGGAGAUCACUUAUGAGAUUUUUCUACCAGCACCUGCUGCUGUUCUACAGCAAAACAGCCCAUGUGACCGAGAUGUCCAUCUUCCAGUACAACAAGGGCGGCCUCCUCAGCUUGAAGAGUGGCAUCACGCUGCACCUUUAUGUCAACCAGCUGCCAAAGGGAGCCACGGAGAUCCCCUCUAACCUGUCCCUGAACCCGCUUUCCAUUUCCGCAUGGCAGAUGAAUAACGAGCUCGGCCUGCACCUGUUAGCAGAGGGCAAGGUGUUCCCAGUUCUCACCUUUGAGCACUCUAGCCCCAAGAUGGUCAGCAUGUCGGCCGCAGACAAGCUCGCCCAGUGGCAAGUGUUGGGCUACCAGGGAGCCUUGCUGAGCCACUUCAUCGAGCCUGUCUACGUCCACAGCAUCUUUAUCGGUGACAUGGGGCAUGGGGACACUCGUGGCAUCGAGAGGGCCGUGAUCCAUCGCACGGAGACCAUCACCUCCCAGUUGCCCAUGUUCUACUGCAUGGUGAGGCCUCACAUCAGCAUGGUGCCGCCCGUGGCCAGUGGCGGCGACGACCAGGUGACCUCCAGUCUCAACUGGUGCGAAGGCGACAGCUCUGUGGAAGUGGUGGAUGGUCUGACUGGCAGGACCAUAGAUGAGUCUCCCUUCAAGAGUGGCUCAGCUCUGGCCAGCCGCCUGUGCAAAGCCGCAAUGCUUCACCGCUUCAAGGUGGUAGCCAAAGCGGCCCAGAGGCAGGAGCUGCUGGCCACAAGUUCAUACAGAGAAGCCAAGAGCAUGUCCAAGCCGUACCAGGAGGCCAAGAAUGUGCUGAGAGCGUUCCUGUUGCAGCAAGGCUACGGUCCUUGGCCAGACAAGCUUCUGGUCAGUGACACUUUCAACAUGUAAAUGUAUGAUUGUUCAUCCCUGUCCAUGUUGUCAAAUAUUAAUAUUCUAAAGAAAGGAAUACAGUUAUGAUAAAUACUGGAUGUACAAGUUUGGAACAUUUCAUAGUUCCUCAGUUACAUAGCUUUUUCAUUUGACUUACUGUAUGUUCAGUUUGCAUGUUCUCCCCGUGACUGCGUGGGUUCCCUCCGGGUACUCCGGCUUCCUCCCACCGCCAAAAACAUGCACCUGGGAAUAGGUUGAUUGGCAACACUAAAUUGGCCCUAGUGUGUGAAUGUUGUCUGUCUAUCUGUGUUGGCCCUGCGAUGAGGUGGCGACUUGUCCAGGGUGUACCCCGCCUUCCGCCCGAAUGCAGCUGAGAUAGGCUCCAGCACCCCCCGCGACCCCAAAAGGGACAAGCGGUAGAAAAUGGAUGGAUGGAUGUUUAAAUCAGUACUCCCCAAGUGUGUCGGAAAUUACCAGGUUGAGUUCAUGACUUCUUUGUAUUGUACUUACUUUCCACAGUAAAACCAU